AAAACCAGAUUAACCAGAUUUUUGAAAAACGUUGCUAGUAAACAAAUUGCUCAUCUUUACCAGAAAGGCAAAUGUAACCAGGAUUUACCAGCAACACGUUGUCACUCUUUUAACUGUUGACUUUGUAAUUAAAUCGAUAAUAAUUAUUGUUCCACUGAAUAGCCUGGCUUUUAAUUUGGAUGAACAAAAGGAUCGCCUGUUGAUAUAGUAACAGUUAAAAUUGAAAGUGAAAGCAACAGAUUAAGCUUGUCAUUACCCCUGAAGGUAACAACACUUUCCAUCACGAAAAACCAUCACAGGAAUAAAAACACGGAUUUGUGUGUAUUUUAACAGUGUAUUAGUGUGUUUAUUGAUCCAAACCACAAAAGGAAACAAUUGUUUACACUGGUCACCUCAACAUGUUUAGUUUCAACAGCUACAUUUUCAGUCAAAGAAUGAACCUUUUUUUGAUCAUUUUUUUCCUCGCAAUUACUUUUCAAUUGGUUCAAUGUGACACCAAUGGUUCUUCUGAAGCAGCAAAUAAGAGUUCUAUGAAGUGUUACGUUUGCUCCAGUGUCGAGGAUUCAGAUUGUGCUAAUGACCCAGCUUUGGCUAAGUUCAUCAUGAACUGUGAUGAUUAUUUCUCUAAUAAAUCUGAAACUUUUACUGCUACAGACAAGGAUUAUUUCUGUCGUAAAACAGUUGAAAUGGGAGAUACAUUUAAACCAGAAGGAAUAUUACAAAGAGUAAUUCGAAGCUGUGGCAGUAUUCGUAAUCAAAAUCGGGAAUGCUAUCGAACUUCUGAUGCUCAAGUUAAAACGGAAACCUGUGAAUGCUAUGAUCCUCUCUGUAACACAGCUGAUAGACUGGCAUCCUCAUCAACUUUCCUAAUCAUUCUUAUUCCCGCAAUUUCAGCUAUUUUCUUCAAUCUUUUGUCAUAGACAGAAUUUUUUCAUUAUCUCAUGAUAAAUAUUUGUUUUAAGCUUCUUUUAACCCCAUCUCUCUAUCAUCACCCUUUUCCCUCUCCUACGAGUGAUCAAAAUAUUGAAUGUUAGAUGUUAUUACAUUUGAAAUAUAAUAUAACCCAACCAUCAUUAAUUUAAGAUGAGAUCAUGAUAUUUGUCUUUUUUACCCUUACAAAUUUCAUUCUCAUCUUUUUAACUUUCCUCCAAUCCUUUCAAACAUCAUACUGCCCAAUAUUUCCCCUUAAAUCACAUUAUUUUCCAGCCUUAAAUGGAUAGAUCUUUAUCAAGAUUGGUAUUGAUUUCCAGUUCGAGAUUUAUCCACAUUUCAACCUCCUCUUUCGAUAAACUUUUAUCUUCUUUCUCCUUUCUCUUGUUUUCUUUAUCCUCUCAAAGAUAAUGUUAGUUUCCCUUCUUGUCCCACUCUCUACGACUUCCUUUGAAAGUCCCCUUCGUCCAAUACAUUAACCAGAAUUGGUUGUUAUCCAUCCAACGCACGAUGAGAACAAUACUUGAGGUUGAUUAGUCUAAUUGUGCCCUUAUUCAACAGACGAGAUGAAAACAAUCAAGCAAAACUUAUCAUCUUCAACAGCAACCAUAAUGAUGAUCAUCUAUCAACCUUCUGGCUACACUAGGAAACAUUUAACCAUUUUUAUUCCCUCCUGUUACUUUCAUCAUUAUAUCAAAGAUACACAAGUUUUCAAAGAGGAUUCACAAGAUUUGCACAGUUUACAAACAUGCAAACAGAUGUAUAGAUGAAACAUCAAUUAAUUGUUGAUCAACUUACCCAGGAAGCAGAUAAGCCAACACAAUUGUGCCUUGACUUGGAAUCUAGGAAAACAUAAAAAAUCAACAUUCAAGGAAGGAUUGCAUUUUAGUUGCCAAAAAGUUCACCAGUGAAAAUUAUUAUUUCUACCUUUAUCGCUUUUAAUUGUAAUCGUAAUUGUUUCCACUUCGCAAUGUUUUUAAAAAAGCAAUUACAGUCAAGUUUAUGUAUUUAGUGAUAAUCAUACUAUUUUUUAGUUAAGCUUACAAUAUUUCAUCAACUUGACUAAAUUGUCUAGCCAAUCAUUUCGAAGUGUUUCAAUUUGAUUUCAUCUAAAUCUUCAAUUCUGUAUUAGAAGGAAAAUUUGUACGAAAUUGAUUAUAGGUUGUAUCAAUUUAAAUUGUAAACCAUUGCCCGGUAUAGUUGCUCAAAGUCAUCAAAUUCAUUAAAUUUGACUAUUAUACAAAUCUGAGCAAAAAAGCCAAAUAAAAGAUUAUCAAAAAAAUAA